AUGCCAGAUACUAGAAUGAGAGGAGUGGAAGUAUGCGAAUGUCCGGAGAAUUUUGCUGGGAAUAGCUGUGAGUCCUGCGUCCCCGGAUAUCGUCGUGUCAACAACCAGCUCUAUGGUGGACGAUGUGAGAAAUGUAACUGCCAGGGACAUACGGACACUUGUGAUCCAUUCACUGGGGAAUGUACUAACUGCCAGCAUAACACCACUGGAUCUCGUUGUGAGCUCUGCUUGCCUGGGCACUAUGGAAACCCUUCCUUGGGUGGAGAGCUAGGAGCUUGUAGACCAUGCGCAUGUCCUACGGUAGAGAAUAGCCGGUCAUCAGAGUGUGUGAUGACACAGCUUGUCGUUGCGGGACCAGCAGCAUCUCAAGAAGAUGCCUAUGUUUGUACAGCCUGCGAACGAGGCUACGAAGGAAACAAAUGCGAAGUGUGCGCCGAUGGUUACUUCGGAAAUCCUCUUGAGACCAACGGAACCUGCGUGGAAUGCGAUUGUAACGAUAAUGUGGAUCCGAUGGCGAUUGGUAACUGUGAUGCGCAGACUGGAAGAUGUUUGAAGUGUAUCGGGGACACAAUGGGCGAACAUUGCGAG